AUGGAUCUGAAACUACAGAACCAGCUGAAGUUUGACGUUGGUAUAGAUGAUGUUGGGGAAAUCGUCAACAUACUUAAUGUCAUCAAGGUUAAAUGCGCAUCAACAUCUGAGAAAUUCCGUCUGUUGAUUGGACUGUUGUGUGAAGUGGAUCUGUCAAUAACCAACAUUGAGGAGCACUAUGAACAGCUGUUGGUGAAGAAUCGCAUCUUUCAUCUGCUGAGGAUGUUUCCUAAUGUUGCUCAUCCGUUGCUUGAUGUCAUCGCCAGGGCAACCAACAGAUGCUGUCCACUCGCUUCUCUUCCUGUCACCAUCGGAAGAAUUGAAAAAGAGAGGUUCCACCAUCACUCCUUCAGUCCUCACUGACUGUAGGUGUCGUCAGUUCUUCAGGAGCUAUGGAGUCUCUUACGGACAUCCAUAAAUGCAUCUUGCUGCAGCAGCAGCAGCGUCUACGCCUGCAGCUGGAGUUGCUACAGGCUCAGCGACUACAACAAGCGUUGCCUCUGAAAUCUGACUUUCAGACAGCAGAAAACAAGCAACGCAGCUGUGUGUACCAUCCCAAACCCACCCAUGGCUAUAAUGGAGCAACCCGUGCCAGCAAGCUCCACUGUGAUUGGUCCAUUGAAAUCAUCAGCUCAGCCAAUGAGGAUGACCAGAAGUUGCAGUCAGCUUUCCCAGCAGCCAAUCAGGGGAGCUGUUGGAAACAGACACAGCGGCAGUGACAUUCAGGCUUUGGAUCUCAGAUCGCCGGAAAGACGGCUGGCUUCAGAAAAUGUUUCAAGUAAAAACGUCACCGCGACAUUGAUAGAAAUUGUGAAAAUGUUCCCGAGAAGGGUCUGUACCCCUUGACUUGUCCUGCACUCUUACGCCCACCAACAACACAGGGAACAUGAUUGCUACCAAUGCCGCUUUCGAACCGAUGACUGGGUUGUAGCAACAGAAACCAGACGAUGAACAUGUCAACAUGAUAAACCAAUCCCAAUGUCAAAGAUUUGAAUUUAGUCAGAUCCCAGAGGUAAGGUCCCCCAUGUUGAGCCCUUUUCACACUAGACAAUCUUGGGGUUGACACAGGUUUGAAAACAUCAAAUGUUGGAGGACAUCAAAAUCUUUCAUUGGAGUUGUAUGUCAGUUGGAUGGCAUGUAGUUAAGUGUGAUUUUUGGUCCACAAAAAAAAUCUGCUUUUUGGAGGGCUAAAAUCAUGGAUUUUGGUGAACAUGUAGCCCCUUGUUUUAACACGCAAAACGUAACUGUUAUUGUGGUUUUUUGUUCAGAGGGAGAGGUUGAAAUUCCAUGCUAAAUAAGUGUUUUGAUUGAAUGCAAUGUAUUACAAUGUCCUUUUUAUGUAACGAAAGUUACAUAGGCCUACAAAUAUAAAACCAUUGCCAACCCGCCCGGAAAAGCUUUCCAAUUCGUUUUCAUUUAUUCAAACAGACUGUGUUACAGUGUUGACAUAACACAAAAGUCUGACUGUUGAAACCAAUAUAUCAAGUUGUGAGACGCAUCUGUACGUCUCAAAGCAAUUAAAGUUACCGUGGAAUUGCCCCUGUAUUUAAUGUCAGAUUUCACUUGAAAUUUGGGCGAGCAGGUGUAUGUCACAAUUGUAAUUGUUGCAGAAUAGAAAUAUUGAAAAGAAAUCUAGACUGAAUUGUGUGUCCAUAAAUUGCUGAUUUCAUAAACAGAACACCGUAUAUUAAAAUAAUAUUCACUUUGCUACCCCAUUUUCAGUAAUCAAGUACCUGUAGUUAUAGAAAUAAGUGCAAAAGUAAUAUUUUUCAAACAAAAUUUCAAUGUUCUAAAUUGCAAGAUAGUUUCGUAUACAUUUGUAUUUGCCCAAGGUAAACUUCAAAAUUACAGUGUAUUUCUGAAAUCCCUGUACUUGUAUAUACAUUGUAUGUACACAACAGCUGAUGUGAAUUUAUGUGAUUGUUUUACCUAUCUUUUUUCAAACGAAAAGAAUCAGAUUUGAUCUUUGAUUGAACACGAAUGUAUACUGUUUUACAGUCAGUUGUAACGAAUAGCUUUUGUUCAUCCGUGGAUGUGAUGUAAAACGUUUCAAUUACACAUGUAUCAGAAUAAAUGUAUCGGCUGGAAUAAAUGCCCAGAGUACUGAGGCAAACGAAUAUGAA